UGCCUUCAAUUCGGGGGGCAGAGGAAUCACAGCGGCCAUGGCGAUGAGGGCAACACUGACCUGGCUCUGCUCACUCGCAGUUUUGUGCUGCUCUGCUGCCCAGGAAACGGGACGCGACAACUGCUCCUCACUAACUCAAGUCUUCCACCGUCUGCCAGCUGAUCUCAAGGUGGCAGCAGAGUGUGGACAAAGCCCUCCGUCCACCUGGACGCCACAGCAGACGGCUUCACUGCUGCUGUACAUGAGGAACGUGACCGACGCUCUGCACCAACACCAGCUGAGAGAAUGCCAAGGCGCCGAGCCAACAAGAUGCCCGGAAGCCGAGGUGCCCAGUAAUGGGGGGCUGGCAUGCGUCACAGUUGGCAACAAGCGCUACUGCAAACCUCUGUGCAACCACGGAUUCGACUUUGGCUUCCUGAGGAGGAGUCGUGUGUUCGAUGAAUGCAGCGAGCAGACGGGAUAUAAAUGGCAAACCCCGUACGUCGGAGGAAACAGGCUGGCUGUGUGCAACCAAGCAUUGACUCAAAUUUCGGGAGCAAAGACGGCAUAUUUUCCCAAAGACCAGGACUGCCGCUCGACCAAGAGCAGCAGCCAGCUGACCAACAGCGUCAUCGAGGCUCUCGCCGCCGAGCUGAAGGCUCAAGAAAUAAACGGAGAGCCGCAGCACGCCUGUCUCGUCUGUGGAUAACGGGAACAAACAAGUGUAGAAAAAUGCAUCAGCCGUGUCAGGGAUGUUGUGGAAUAAAAGAUUCAGUAAACGUG